CUCCUACCUCGACUCGACUUCCCUGUUCACGGACCACUUUACCGACCCGUAGCUCUCUCUCUCGACCAAGCUUAAAUCUUCUGGACCUCACGCUGACCUGUGCCUCUUAGAGAUAGUACACGUUGUUGUGUCAAAGCGGAAUGAUAUCGAUUACAGUCCCAUUUCAGAUCGCCGUCCGGAAUAGCCGUAUAGGACCCACUUGCUCUCGAGCUUUCACUUCCUCGGUUCUUUCCAGGAGUGAGAGUUAUAUGUCCUUAGUUUCCUGCCAAAAGAAAGACGACGAACGGAUACUAUAGACUCGACAGCACGUACCUGUACCGCCACGUCUUUCGGAGAGACCACAACGAAGUUUCUCAACCCUUCCUGUGAUGGACAACCUCCAGGACCUAGAAGGGCACUUCAUACCCAGACGCUUCAGAGCCGGAUACAUCGUCUUGUCAUAUUUUAUUAGCUUCGUGGGAUCAUGGACUACGUUGGAGAUCAUCAACCGGAGAACCUCGAUGCGAGGUGCUUACAACUGGCUUCAUCUCGCAGCUGCUUCGAUUUCCAUGGGAGGCAUUGCAAUCUGGUGCAUGCACUUUAUUGGCAAUCGUGCCAUCGUUCUUGGAGAAGGUCAGAGGCAGCUACAGAUUGCAUAUAGUUCCGGGUUCACAGCUUUGUCCUUCUUCUUACCUGUGAUUGUCCUCUUCAUGGCCUUCUGGGCAGUUGGUUCAAACGAAAGAAUAAGCAUCGUCAGAGUCAUAUUAGGGAGUAUCCUUGCAGGAUUUGGUAUCUGUGGCAUGCAUUACCUUGGUCAAGCCGGUAUAUCAAAUUAUGACUGUGUCUAUACUGUUGCCUAUGUCAUUGGAGCAGGUGCUAUUGCAGUAGGAGCAAGUGCUGGAGCACUCGGUAUAUUUUUCCUUUUCAGAUCGUCCUGGGAUACGUCUUGGUGGAAGCGAAUCAUCAGUGCCAACGUUCUUGGAGUUGCUGUGUCGGGAAUGCAUUGGCUUGCUUCCGUCGGCACACAGUAUCGUCUGAGGGUAGUUGAUUCUACCUUGAUCAACUCCUUCUCGAGUACGUCUACGGUCAUCGUCGUCAUUGUCUUGUCCAUUUCAGCAUGCUUCACACUUCUAGUGUUUACAUUGCUUGCACAAAGACGGAUUUUGAAGUCAGCAAAGCGGGCACAGCAAGUCGUCUUAGCUACAGCCAUUUUCGACCAUGAGGGAAAGCUUCUUGUGACACCCGAAGGUCGACUACCCACACAGAAGAUCACAAACGCUUGGCUUGAGCGGUCUCUCAAUGAUGUUUUCAAUACUUCGCACGCUGUCUUUUUAUGGAUCUUCAGGACAUCGCGGAACUGGAGCGGUGUCGGGAAUUUGAUUCCUGGUAUGCGACUUCAUGUACACCGAGCCGGCAUCAAAGGCCGUCUUGGAUCCAAGGCCGACAGCAACCUUCUCAACGAUGAAGGUAUACCUAUUGAGGAUUACUCGCUUGUCUUUCGAGAGCUAUUCUGUGUAGCAGCAGCAGACUUAGCCGCCGACCUAAAUCAACCACUUGACAACAUGGGUGUGCUUUACGACGAAAUCAUAUCCACUGGAAAUCCUCCCAAGACAGCGAAAAACGCAAAGUCCAAACAGAGCGAGAUCACAGUCACUAGUUCUCUGCAAGACGUUGAACGUGAUGCUGGUCACUCCUCUGUGGGCAGAGGUCAACUCCUUUUUCUAGUUAAUCGCGUCGGGAGAAAAGAAGCAGAUCGACUUCAAGCUGCAGGUUUUCGUUUUGCGACUCCCGCUUAUGUCGUCCCCAUCAUUGCCCAGAGUCUCCAAACCGGCCCACAUACCCUGGCACGUCGACUCAAUAUCAUGCGUGAUUAUGCUUACGAGCCACAUAUGCUCGACGAAGGUGUUCAUUUGGCUUGCUUUGCCAUUCGGGCAUCUCUCGGAGCUGGACGCCAUGGUUUCGAGGUCCUUGCACGCAAAGACGCAAAAAACCAACUGCCGACUAUGCAGAUUCCGAUCGAAUCCCUAGAAGAUUGGCAGUAUGACUAUCUCAAGAAGAUGGAUACCAUGACAGUAUCAGCAAGUAUCAAAUUAUUGUUCAAGGCUGCCAAACCCAAUAAUCCUUCACCAAAGGAACAAAAAUUCGCGAAGCAGCUUUUAACGACUCUCGAAGCCCUGAAAGAUGAGAUCGAAGAUCCGUUCUUCAAUGAUGCAAUGCUCAUUGCGAAACCCGUCGAUGCCCCUUGCCGUGGUCACGGUGAAGACUCGCCUCCAGGAACAGCAUUGCUUAUCACUUUUAAGAUAAUUGUGCCCAUCCAUAGUCGCGCGCCAGGCAAGAAGUUGACAUUUGUCCCGUUGAACUUCUUUAAGACACAGCAACACGUAUACAAGAACUCGCCGGAUCACGGCGUAUUUGCUAGGAAAACUUACCGUGAAUUUUCGCCUUUCUUGGACUUAUAUAACCCAAAUAGCCCAAUAGGUAGAAGCUCUGGUGGGUCAAAUUUGAUUCCCAACAAGUUGACUGCUUCCUCUACAAGGAAGAGUCGACAUGAAGCCAUGAUGGGUGACAAUCUCGACAUGUACGGCAAUCCGGUGGAUCAAUCGCAAGAACCUGAUCGAGGCCCGUCGAAGAUUAGAUUUUGGGACAAAGCAUCGAAAUCCAAACAAAGAUUGAGAGGGGAUAAUUCGUCUGAAAAGGGUCUCGUGGACGUGGCCUCAACAGAGAGUCGAACACUGGGUGGCAUCAUGGUCAGCCAAGAUAUCAGUGUCGACGUUGGAACGGAAAGCCAAGGAAAUCCAAACAGUCGAUCCAGCAGUCCUUUGAAGAAGGGAGAUCCUAUGAUCGAGAUGAAGGAGUUCGGCAAGAAUCCAAAGAGUGGAAUCAUCAGCAAGAUCGGUAAAGAAGAGGAGGAAUCAGCGACCUUUGUUGACGCUCUAUUUACGACCACUAUUACGACGCGACAGAUGUGAUGAUGGAACGAGGAAAGUGUACAAACCUGAUACCCCUUAUUGUUAGCGGGAUGGAGGGAUAAUGAGCUACUUCUUGGCGUUUGUUGACAGGGAACGGAUGUACUAUAUUGGCUUGUACUGGCUGGUUGGAUUGGGAUCGUGCUAUAUCAGUAGAUGAAACAUAGCCAAAAGCAUAUAAAUGCUACUCCCGAC